AUGCCCGCACUUUUGUUUAAUUGGAAUCAGGCUGGCUUCAAUGACACCAACGUUCCAAAUUGCCGUAACGGUGUUGCGGGACAGACCCAAGGGUCUAUAAUUGCAAACCUCCUUGCAAACGGGGCAACCGAUUUUAUGAAUCUGAGCAUAUUAUUCAUUUUUCCAAAUGGUCAUGCAAUUGGGGCUUGGGGCAGGAAUGUCUCUAUGAACUUGCCUUGGGCGAAACAUCAAGCUGGUGUUCCAGAUAUCUGCAACCAACUCUUAAGACUUAAUAAGAUUACGACUCGCACAGCCAAUGUAGAUAUCGAGGAUUUUUUAGGUGUCUUGAAAUGA